AUGAACAGCUCACCAGAACCGCCACAGCAAUCUCAAGGCUUUGCUGCUCUUGCUCCACCAGAGGGUAGCGGAGUUAUGCGAGUUGACUCCCUUCCCGAAGUCAUGCGUACUGAAGCGGGCUUCUUUUCCCAUUUUCUUAUAGAGGUCGUUCCAAAUGCCAUCUAUCACCAGACUUGGAAGCAAAAGGACCUCAAAGACCCAGGCUUCCCCCGUGGAGACUAUACCCGCAAAAAUAAGCCACUCAAAGAUGCUAUAGCGUACUAUGCCAGCACGAGCGUGUAUCACGUUGAAGAGAAUGGUGGUUGGAAGUCUGGUGGUACUCGGGCCCUUUUCCACUCGACCGAUUAUUCUUGCAGUUGGAUUCGUGGCCCAAACAAGGCUGUACCCCUUGCCUUUCCUCUGGCUGACUACCGGCGCUACCCCCGUCUUGUCAUUGACACGACACUGCCGGUUCGAGGAUUGUAUUUCCCUCAGCUUUUUUCAGAGCCGUAUUACAAAGGGCUCUGCCGAGUGUCACAGGUGCUUUUCUAUAAGCACGAUGCUAUCUAUCUCCCUUUUACAUCUGGGAGCUUUCAGAACGAUGCACAAUGGUACCAAUCAAUGGCCCUUAUUAAGGGGGAACGUCACACCAUGUCGGGUGACAAGGGCCUGCACUAUUUCAAGGACAAAUGCCUGGAUAUACGCAUCGCCGAGCUAAUGAUCGCUCUCUCUAUCGACAUGAGAGAUAUGAAUCCUAUUGAAUUCCCUCUUGGGAUUUCAAUCACGGGGGGUGAGCAACAGAAAUUUUAUGAGCACCCUGCAUUUCAAUACAUGAACAGCCUGGGUGCCAGCUCAGUUGGGGGACAUGGUGGUCCUCCAUAUCACCAGAUUUCCCGUAACGAUUUCGGUCCUUAUCAUGUCUGGAUGGAUGCUCAUAUCUCUAAGAACGAGGGGAUAGAAUACGCGUUCAAGCCUGCUGAUGAAAACACUCUACUGAACAUCGUCAAGACUCUUGUUGGAUCGGCACUAAACUUGAUACCUUUCGUGGGGCCGUUAGCCAGUAUAUCCUGGUCUCUGAUUUUUGAUGCCAUAACUGAUCCAGAUAAGCUGAGAGAACUUGGGAACCUCACCGGUGUUGAGACGGAUAUACUCAAGAUGCAGCUCAAAGAGAUUGCUAAGCUUGUCAAGGGCUUGAAGCAUAAAAAGGGUCAUUGGGACGUGGGGGACGAUGACGACAUACUGAGGGACUUGGAGAAGAAGGCCAUAGAAGAAGCAUUGGCCGAAGAGGAUCGGGAGGCCAAUGAACACGCCCUGCUAGUAGACAAGCCUACUGGAGCGAUUGUAUAUGCGAUGAGUCAGAGCGCUUAA